GUGGACUUCUAUGACAUGGUGGGCAAUGUGAUCCAGGCUGAGAGAAACCCCCUUAGUGGCAAGUCUUUCUGUUCAGAUAGAGAAUUAGAGCAGUUUCUCCGUUCUCCUUCUGUAAGAGCCAUGUGGCUGGAUAGCUUCUGGUGGAUCUUUCAUGAAAGGUACCAGCCAAAGAAGGAAGUCCAGAACAAGCUGUUCGACCGGAUAGCCCAGCACUACGCCUUUCUUUUGUCUUGUGAAUCCAGGUCCCACUACGAAGAGGCUCUCUUAAAAAGGUUGCCAUCACUUCUGAGUAAAGCCCUGUACACCAGCUUCUGCUGCUGCUUCCCUCAGUCCUGGUUCAACACUCACGAAUUCAAGUCUGACAUCUGUGACACGAUGAGCCUGUGGAUUUCAGGUAUAUAUCCUUGCCCACACAGCUAUAAUAGCUGGGACUACUCGAAACUGGAUCCGGAGAGAUUCCAGAGAGAAGAAUUAAUGUUGCAGAAAAAAAGUCUGCUGAAGGGUAAGGUGCCAGGAAGAGAGUUUUCUUUCCGCACUUCUAGGAGAUACUUCAGCCAGAAGUCCCCCCAGAGCAAGAAGGUCUGCUGCCCUCAGUUGUUUUUUCCUCUCUUGGCAUCUUCUGAUAUGAAUUCAACCAAUGUGAGAACCUCUUUUGCCCAGAAGAAUUCAAUGGAUGGCUCACAAAUACAGAAUAUCUCAAAAGAGCAUAAUUAUCAGACUCUGGUCUUGAGGAAAGCAACACAACAAGUCAAAAGGAUAUCUGCGGCAAGAAAACUUGAGAAUAUGCUUCCUAAGCCGUCUUACCCUGCCUGCAAAAGCCCUGAGAUGACUUCAAACCUCUUCAACAUUUAUGGGAAGAGCCCUCUGAUUGUGUACUUCCUCCUGAACUACGCCUCUCUGCAGCAGCCUGGCAGAGACGUGUUGAUGGUCAGGAGGGAAAAAACCAAGACCAUCCCUGAGUCCACCCUGACAUACGCUGAGGUCAUCAGGCUGACCCUGAGCAACAUGAAGAAGCGGAGGGACGACCUCCACCAGCUGAACCAGUUUCACUGGAGUGAGUGGAAUCAUUUCAAUGCGUACCUGGAGGAGCUGCACAACAACUUCCUCAGGGAGAUGAAGAAUAUUGAUCAAAGAGCAAAAGACAAAAAACAGGCGAACCACAUGUUCAUCCAGCCUUCAACCUUCAUUGAGGACUCCCCUGAAAAGAAAUCUAGAAGAAGCCAUCAGAGGGAGAUUGUUUCUUUUGAGGUUUGUUUGAACGAAGACCAUGGGAAAAGUAGAAAUGUGAACACUUUAGGAAUUCUUAAUACGAAGGAAAAAGAGGAGAGGGAAAGCGAAUGGAAACAGAAGUUGAACUACUCUUCCUUCUCACCAUCAAGCCCUGAUGAAUUCCAUUCCCUGGAACUAGGAAGUCCCUACAAAAUCUCUGAUAUUUCUGCUACCAGGUAG